CCUUCUAUUUUUAUUCUGUUACUAUAACUAUUAUUUCCUCAUAGAAUAUAAUGAGAAACGGUACUAAAAAGUUCUAUAUAAUAAAAUCCAAAAACGCCAGUGCAGUUUUAAAUCUACUCAGACCUAAAUUUGAAAUAUUUACAGUGUUAUACUUGUCUACUAUUGGGUUGAGCUCCGCGGCAGAAGAGAUGGGGAAAGGAGACGACGCAAUUGCAAAGAAGCGCAACAAGGGUAUUCGCAAACGCAUGAGGAAGGAUUUGGCUACCUCUUCCGUCCACGUAAAUGAUAUUAUUGCUGCAAAACGACGUAAAAAAGACCAAACGCGUCGGAUGUGCAGAGGUAUGUGCUAUUCACUCCCAACUCCUGAAAACCCGUUUAAUGACACAAUUGAGCAGAUUUCUCAGAAGAAACAAGGUGGCAAAAAGAGAGUACUUUCGAAAUCUGGGAUUCAAGAACAUGUGGGGAAAAGAGAUGCGGUAGUUCAGAAAACAUCUUUUGCUCAAGAGGAGAUCAGCAAUUCUAACCAAAAAAGAAAGAAAAGAAAAAAGGAUUUGUUAGAUAAUAUAGAAACUAGUCAGUUGCAGAAAAAAGUCAUCCAAUUGAAUAACGUUAGUAAGCCAGUGGAAGAUGUUAAUAAGUCAAAGAAGAAGAAAGAUAAGCUAAGUGGGAUAGCAUCUUCAUUUGGACACUGCAGAAUUUCUGAAGGUCUAAGCAAUUUGCACAUAAAUGCCAUUCCAGAGAUGGUUUUUAAAACAUCCUUGGAUGCAAUAAGGAAAAUAGAACUUGAAGAAUGCAUAAUUCCUGAAGGGGUUCAGAAAUUAACUUUGAAUAAUGAGUGGGGAACAGAAUUUUGGAAAGCAUGUUUAAAGGGUUCAAACAUCUUGGGAGUCUCAAAAGCUUCAUUUGACUUCGAGCAAACUGCUUGGGUAGUUUCUGCUGCUGCUUCUCAUGUGAUAAAUAAGGUGAUGAAGGGUUCAGUUAUCUGUGGUCCUAUGGUUCUGUACAUAGUGGUUUCCCAAGAACAUGCACGGAAGGUGAGAAUGGUAUUCAAGCCGCUCAGAAAGCUUCUUGGCAUACAAUCAGUGAGCUUGCAUUCAGGAGCUUCAGUGGACCAUCAAAUUGAGGGGUUGAGUAUAUGCAAACCAGAAAUAUUGGUCUCAACUCCCGAACGACUUUUGGAACUCAUUGAAUUAAAGGCACUUGAUAUAUCAAGUGUUUCUUUCCUGGUUAUUGAUGGCCUAAACAGUAUUCUGGAGGGAUAUUCUGUUGAAAAUAUGAAAUCAUUGAGAUCUCAUAUGUCUGGAAAUCCACAAACAGUUGUUUUAAGUAAUACAUACACUGGUGUGACCACCUCUCUAGCUCAGUAUAUACUUAAGGACCCUGUACAAAGAGUGUCAUCAGAUAGCUCUAUUAUUCUUCAAAGUGCCUGCAUUGCUCAAGCUGUUUCUGUUUUGACCUCGGAAGACAAGAAAGUACAGAAGGUUUCGAGGAUUUUGCGACAAAUAAAUGAAAAGAAAGGUACUGUGUUAGUCAGGGUUGUGCUAAUAGUUAAUAAUGCUGGGAAGGCCCAACAACUAGUGGCUGCCAUGGAACAUGAAGGAUAUAUCGUUAACAGUUUCAUUAAAAAUCUACAAGUUGAAGAAAAGAUUUCUCUUAGUGGUUUAGAGAAUAACAGGUUACAGAUUCUGGUAACUGAAAAUCUACGUCAGGCAGACAUACUUAGUGAAGCACAAUUUCUCAUCAUAUAUGACUUCCCAUCUUCUCUCCAAUCGUAUAGCAAACUGCUGACUGGAAUGGCACGCUUUUCAGUAAUGGGUAUCCUGUACAGUUUCUGUUCUGGAGCAGAUGCACCUCUUGCAGCCGAACUAAUAAAAUUACUGGAUGAAUGUUCGCAGCCAAUACCACAAUCGUUACGAAUGUUAGCUGACGCAGCUUCUACUAUUCACUGCUAAACCUUUAGUCUUGGCAGCCUUUUGCAAGAUAGAAAUAUUAUAUCAUUAGAUAACGUACGACGAGAUUAACUGGGAAUUGUGCGGCACUCCCAAAUUUAGAAACAGAAGCAAAUUUUGAUACAUAAAGUGGAAGCAUGGGGUAUACAUUUCUACUGUUCAAUUUUGAUUGGACUUCUGUACAAGGAUAAAUUUGGUUCAUUUCCAAGUCAAAGGCAGUCAAAGUUUGGCAUUUGUCUUAAAAUUUGGAAAGGUUAUAUAUAAUUUACUUUGCAUACCUGCAGCAAUCCAACCUAACUUUUUUAA